GCUACGUUUACCACGGACUGGCUGGGAAAACUGUGCUAGACUACAGUAGAGGGGGGGGGUUGAUGGUGACGCAGGAAAAACACCCAAGUGCAGACAAAAAAAAUAAGCAAGGAAGAGAGAUCAUAUUAGCAGAUCUGGAUGCAUGUAUGAAAAUAGUAUGUAACACACGUUGACACUUAGCGGAACCCAGAAUAGAAAGAUUCAUAGACAGGACAAGUCAACUCAAGGAAGUUGCAUCAAAUUUUGGGGUUCUGCGAUGGUUUCUGCAACCCUCCCUGAGCCUCAGCAGCCGGAGCGUUCCCUCUCAGCCGGCCUCUGGUACUCCUUCCCUACCCAGGCAGUGAUUCCCCCCCAGGCCAGGGCCUCCUAAAGCGGACAAGACUGCUAAGAUCUGCCCCGUGUCAAUCAUGACGGUCACCACCCGUGGCUCCCCCGUGGGGGGCAAUGAUAGCCAGGGCCAGGCACCCGCUGAUUCUCAGAGCCAGCCCCCACCCACACAGGCCCAGACUGUGUCCCCAAACCCGUCGACCACGGAGCCGUCUCCUGUGAGCCCACCGGCGGCGGAGGAGGAGCAGGGCCAAGGAGACUCUGCCCCUGCUCUGGAGGAGGAGGAGCCUGCCUUCCCUCACACUGACCUGGCCAAGCUGGACGACAUGAUCAACAGGCCCCGAUGGGUAGUCCCAGUCCUGCCAAAGGGGGAAUUAGAAGUUCUACUUGAAGCUGCUAUAGACUUAUGUAAAAAAGGGCUUGAUGUGAAGUGUGAGGCGUGCCAGAGGUUUUUCAGGGACGGCCUGACCAUCUCCUUCACUAAGAUCCUCACAGACGAGGCUGUCAGCGGGUGGAAGUUUGAGAUCCAUAGGUGUAUCAUCACCAACACACACCGGCUGGUGGAGCUGUGUGUGACCAAGCUUCCUCAGGACUGGUUCCCCUUACUGGAGCUACUGGCCACAGCCACCAACCCCCACUGCAAGUUCCACAUCUACAACGGCACGCGGCCCUCUGAGACCAUCCCCGCCGGGGCCACGCUGGCCGACGACGAGCUCUUCGCCCGCCCACCCGACCCUCGCUCACCCAAGGGCUGGUUGGUGGACCUGAUUAAUAAGUUUGGCACACUGAACGGGUUUCAGACUCUACACGACCGCUUCAUGAGCGGACAGGCACUCAACGUACAGAUCAUCGCUGCCCUCAUCAAGCCGUUCGGCCAGUGCUAUGAGUUCCUGACCUUGCACACAGUGAAAAAGUACUUCCUGCCAGUGAUCGAGAUGGUUCCUCAGUUCCUGGAGAACCUGACGGACGAGGAGCUGAAGAAGGAGGCCAAGAACGAGGCCAAGAACGAUGCCCUGUCCAUGAUCAUCAAGUCCCUGAAGAACCUGGCCUCCAGGGUGCCCGGUCAGGAGGAGACCGUCAAGAACUUGGAGAUAUUUAGGUUGAAAAUGAUCCUUAGGUUAUUGCAGAUUUCCUCGUUCAACGGCAAGAUGAACGCUCUGAAUGAGGUCAACAAGGUCAUCUCCAGCGUGUCCUACUAUACACAUCGGCAUGGCAACCCUGAGGAGGAGGAGUGGCUGACGGCAGAACGCAUGGCGGAGUGGAUCCAGCAGAACCACAUCCUGUCCAUCGUGCUGAGGGACAGCCUCCACCAGCCUCAGUACGUAGAGAAGCUAGAGAAGAUACUCCGCUUCGUCAUCAAGGAGAAAGCCCUCACCAUGCAGGACCUGGACAACAUCUGGGCAGCGCAGGCUGGUAAGCAUGAAGCCAUAGUGAAGAACGUCCAUGACCUUCUGGCCAAACUGGCCUGGGACUUCUCUCCAGAGCAGCUCGACCAUCUCUUUGAUUGCUUCAAGGAGAGUUGGACGAAUGCGAGUAAGAAGCAGCGUGAGAAGCUGCUGGAGCUGAUCCGUCGUCUGGCGGAGGACGAUAAGGAUGGAGUGAUGGCCCACAAGGUGCUCAACCUGCUGUGGAACCUGGCUCACAGUGACGACGUCCCCGUGGACAUCAUGGACCAGGCCCUCAGCGCACACAUCAAGAUACUGGACUACAGCUGCUCUCAGGACAGAGACACCCAGAAGAUCCAGUGGAUAGACCGCUUCAUCGAGGAGCUGCGCACCAACGAUAAGUGGGUCAUACCAGCCCUGAAGCAGAUCAGAGAGAUCUGCAGCCUGUUUGGGGAAGCUCCUCAGAACCUCAGUCAGACCCAGAGGAGUCCUCAUGUGUUCUAUCGUCAUGACCUGAUCAACCAGCUACAGCACAACCAUGCCCUAGUCACUCUGGUGGCUGAGAACCUGUCUGCCUACAUGGAAACCAUGAGACCGUUCUCCAAAGCUGAACAUGCAGACUUUGACCCUCAGACGGUCAGGGUGGGAAGUCGCUACAGUCAUGUUCAGGAGGUCCAGGAGAGGCUCAACUUCCUGAGGUUCCUGUUGAAGGACGGACAGUUGUGGCUAUGUGCUCCUCAGGCCAAGCAGAUCUGGAGGUGUCUGGCUGAGAGCGCCGUCUUCUUGUGUGACCGGGAGGCGUGCUUCAAAUGGUACUCUAAGCUAAUGGGAGAUGAGCCAGACCUGGACCCGGACAUCAACAAGGACUUCUUUGAGAACAAUGUUCUGCAGCUGGACCCGUCCCUGCUCACGGAGAACGGCAUGAAGUGCUUCGAGAGGUUCUUCAAGGCUGUCAACUGCCGCGAGGGAAAACUGGUGGCCAAACGCAGGGCCUACAUGAUGGAUGACCUGGAACUCAUAGGACUGGACUACCUCUGGAGGGUGGUGAUCCAGGGUACUGAUGACAUCGCCAGCCGAGCCAUCGACCUGCUGAAGGAGAUCUACACCAACCUGGGGCCCAAGCUGCAGGUCAACCAGGUGGAGAUCCACGAAGACUUCAUCCAGUUGUGUUUUGACCGUCUGAAGGCGUCGUACGACACGCUGUGUGUCCUGGACGGGGACAAGGACAGCAUCAACUGUGCCCGGCAGGAGGCCAUCCGCAUGGUUCGCGUGCUCACCGUGCUCAAGGAGUACAUCAACGAAUGUGACAGCGACUACCACGAGGAGAGGUCCAUACUGCCCAUGUCCAGGGCGUUCCGGGGGAAGCACAUCACGUUGAUCGUGCGUUUCCCUAACCAGGGUCGUCAGGUGGAUGACCUGGACAUCUGGUCUCACACCAAUGACACCAUCGGCUCGGUGCGCCGCGGCAUCCUCACACGCAUCAAGGCCAACGCCACGCACACCAAGAUAGAGCUCUUCAUUGGCGGGGAGGUUGUCGACCCGGCGGAUGACAGGAAGCUGAUUGGACAGCUCAACCUCAAGGACAAAGCAUUGAUCACAGCCAAGCUGACCCAGGUGAGUGCCACCGUGCCCUCCAGUCCUGACAGCUCCUCUGACUCCUCCACCGGCUCACCCAGUAACCAUGGCAACCACUUCAGCGAAGGGCCCAACCCAGAGGUGGAGGGCUGCCUGCCUGGAGUGAUCAUGUCUCUCCACCUGCGCUACAUCUCGUUCCUGUGGCAGGUAGCAGACCUGGGCUGUACCCUCAACAUGCCUCUGCUGCGAGAUGGAGCCAGGCUCCUCAUGAAGCUUAUGCCUCCAGACAACGGUACCGUGGAGAACCUGCGCGCUAUCUGUCUGGAUCAUGCCAAGCUGGGAGAGAACAGCCUGAGCCCCACACUGGACUCCCGCUUCUUUGGCCCCUCGCCCUCACAAGUCCUCUACCUCACUGAGGUGGUGUAUGCAUUGCUGAUGCCGGCCAGCGGCACCCUCGGCGAGGACGCCAGCGACUUCCAGUACCACUUCCUGAAGAGCGGCGGCCUCCCGCUCGUACUGAGUAUGCUCACCAGGAACAACUUCCUGCCAUCGGCCGACAUGGAGACGCGGCGGGGGGCGUACCUCAAUGCCCUGAAGAUCGCCAAGCUGCUGCUGACCGCCGUGGGGUUCGGACACGUCAAAGCUGUGGCUGAGGCCUGCCAGCCCGUGGUGGAGGGGACCAGCCCUGCAUCGCCGAUCAACCAGGCGACCCACGACCAGGCCCUGGUCCUCCAGAGUGCUCUACAGAAUAUCCCGAACCCCGCCUCUGAGUGCAUGCUCCGCAACGUGGCCAUACGACUGGCCCAACAGAUCUCUGACGAGUCUCUGCCCCCGAACGCCCAAAACUUCUUCCAAGCAUCCAAGUACAUCCCAGACCUCUGUGUGAUCCGGGCGGUGCAGAAGAUUGUGUGGGCUUCAGGCUGUGGCACGGUACAGCUGGUCUUCAGCUCUAAUGAAGAGAUCAGUCAGAUCUAUGAGAAGACGAACGUGGGUAAGGAGCCGGACGGGGAGGAUGAGAUGGUGUGCUGUGAGGCCCUGGAGAUCAUGACCCUGUGCUUUGCCCUGCUGCCCACCGCUCUGGACACUCUCAGUAAGGAGAAGGCCUGGCAGACUUACAUCAUAGACCUGCUUCUGCACUGCCACAGCAAGUCAGUUCGUCAGAUGGCUCAGGAACAGUUCUUCCUCAUGGCCACUAGGUGCUGUAUGGGACACAGACCCCUCCUCUUCUUCAUCACCCUCCUCUUCACCGUCUUAGGGAGCACGGCGAAGGAGAGGGCGAAGCACGCAGGAGACUACUUUACGCUGCUGAGGCACCUGCUGAACUACGCCUACAACAGCAACAUCAACCUGCCCAACGCUGAGGCGCUGCUCAACAAUGAGAUCGACUGGCUCAAGAAGAUCAGGGAUGAGGUGAAGCGGACAGGAGAGACGGGGGUAGAGGAGACCAUUCUAGAAGGUCACCUGGGGGUCACCAAGGAGCUGCUGGCCUUCCAGACACCAGAGAAGAAGUACUACAUUGGCUGUGAGAAGGGCGGGGCCAACCUCAUUAAGGAGUUGAUAGAUGACUUCAUCUUCCCGGCGUCUAACGUGUACCUGCAGUACGUGAAGAGUGGGGAGUUCCCUACGGAGCAGGCCAUCCCUGUCUGUAGCAGCCCCGCCUCCAUCAACGCCGGCUUCGAGUUGUUGGUGGCUCUGCCGGUCGGCUGUGUCCGGAACCUCAAGCAGAUCGUUGAUACACUCACUGACAUGUACUACCUAGGUUGUGAGGCUCUGACAGAGUGGGAAUACCUCCCCCCAGUGGGGCCGCGGCCCACCAAAGGCUUUGUGGGGCUGAAGAACGCGGGGGCCACCUGCUACAUGAACUCGGUCAUCCAGCAGCUCUACAUGAUCCCGCCCAUCCGUAACGGUGUCCUGGCCGUGGAGGGCACCGGCACCGACGUGGACGAUGAACUGUCCGGGGACGAGAAGCAGGAGAACGAGACUAAUGCAGACGGAACGGCACGGGAGGAGGUGUUUGCCUACCAACACCAGUUUGACGACAAGCCCUCGCUGAGUAAGUCGGAGGACAGGAAGGAGUACAACAUUGGGGUGCUACGCCACCUACAGGUCAUCUUUGGUCACCUGGCCUCCUCCCGACUGCAGUACUAUGUACCCCGAGGCUUCUGGAAACAGUUCAGGUUAUGGGGUGAGCCGGUGAAUCUGCGAGAGCAGCACGAUGCCCUGGAGUUCUUCAACUCUUUAGUGGACAGUCUAGAUGAGGCUCUGAAGGCCAUGGGCCACUCCUCCAUGCUCAGCAAGGUGCUGGGAGGCUCCUUUGCCGACCAGAAAAUCUGCCGUGACUGCCCACACAGGUAUGAGUGUGAGGAGUCAUUCACCACGUUGAACGUGGACAUCAGGAACCACCAGAACCUGCUGGACUCUAUGGAGCAGUACGUCAAAGGAGACUUGCUGGAGGGAGCCAACGCAUACCACUGUGAGAAGUGUAACAAGAAGGUGGACACAGUGAAGCGUCUGCUGAUAAAGAAGCUUCCUCCAGUGCUGGCCAUCCAGCUGAAAAGGUUUGACUACGACUGGGAGAGGGAGUGUGCCAUCAAGUUCAACGACUACUUUGAGUUCCCCAGGGAGCUGGACAUGGAGCCCUACACUGUGGCCGGGGUGGCCAAGCUAGAGGGAGAUGACGGCAACCCGGAGAGCCAGAUGAUCAUGCAGAACGAACCAUCGGAACCCGACCCGCCAGGCUGCAGUUCUAAGUACCGCCUGGUGGGGGUGCUGGUGCAUUCGGGUCAGGCCAGCGGCGGCCACUACUACUCCUAUAUCAGCCAGCGAGACAGUGGCACCGGCGGUAGCGCCGACAGCGGGCAGAAGGAGCGCUGGUACAAGUUUGACGACGGUGACGUGACGGAGUGCAAGAUGGACGACGACGAGGAGAUGAAGAGCCAGUGCUUCGGGGGGGAGUACAUGGGAGAGGUGUUUGACCACAUGAUGAAGAAGAUGUCCUACAGGAGGCAGAAGAGAUGGUGGAACGCCUACAUCCUGUUCUAUGAGAGGAUGGACGCGGCAGGGGUAGGGGCCGCAGUGGAGGCAGACGGAGAGCUGGCCAGGUGCAUCUCAGAGCUGACUGUGUCUCCCACUACACCACGACAGGUGACGAUGCCGGGGGCCAUUGAAUGCAGUGUGAGGAAGCAGAACGUCCAGUUCAUGCACAGCCGCAUGCAGUACAGCUUGGAGUACUUCCAGUUCGUCAAGAAGCUGCUGACCUGCAACAGCGUCUACCUCAACCCUCCCCCGGGUCAGGACCACCUGCUGCCAGAGGCAGAGGAGAUAGCCAUGAUCAGCAUCCAGCUAGCAGCUAGGUUCCUCUUCAGCACUGGGUUUCACACCAAGAAAGUAGUCCGGGGGCCCGCCGGUGACUGGUAUGAUGCCCUGUGCAUACUGCUGCGCCACAGUAAGAACGUCCGCUGCUGGUUUGCCCACAACGUUCUGUUUGCGUACCCCACACGCUUCUCUGAGUACCUGCUGGAGUGUCCCAGUGCCGAGGUCCGUGGGGCCUUCGCCAAACUCAUCGUCUUCAUCACCCACUUCUCCCUGGCGGACGGGCCAUGCCCCGCCCCCGCCUGCUCCCCUGACGGGUCCACACAGGGCUGUGAUAACCUGAGUCUGAGUGAUCACCUGUUGAGGGCAGUGUUGAACCUGCUUAGGAGAGAGGUGUCAGAGCACGGCCGACACCUGCAGCAGUUCUUCAACCUCUUCGUCAUGUACGCCAACCUGGGUCUGGCAGAGAAGACCCAGUUGUUGAAGCUGAGUGUCCCUGCUACCUUCAUGCUGGUGGCUCUAGACGAGGGGCCUGGCCCUCCCAUAAAGUACCAGUAUGCAGAACUGACCAAGCUCUACGCUGUGGUCUCCCAGCUACUGCGCUGCUGUGACGUCUCCACACGCAUGCAGUCGUCCAUCAAUGGUAACCCGUCCCUGGCCAACCCGUACGGAGACGCCAACCUGACCACCCCCAUCAUGCCCCUGCAACAGCUGGUGUCAGAGAUCCUCUUCGUUAGGACCAGCUAUGUGAAGAAGAUCAUCGAGGACUGCAGCAACUCUGAGGAGACGGUCAAGCUGCUGCGCUUCAGCUGCUGGGAAAACCCCCAGUUCUCCUCUACCGUGCUGUCUGAGCUGCUCUGGCAGGUGGCGUACUCCUACACAUAUGAGCUGAGGCCUUACCUGGACCUGCUGCUGCAGAUACUGCUGAUAGAGGACUCCUGGCAGACCCACAGGAUCCACAACGUGCUGAAGGGUAUACCAGACGACAGGGACGGCCUGUUUGACACCAUUCAGCGCUCUAAGAACCACUACCAGAAACGGGCCUACCAGUGUAUCAAGUGCAUGGUGGCUCUGUUCAGCAACUGUACUGUGGCCUACCAGAUACUACAGAGUAACGGGGACCUGAAGCGUAAGUGGACGUGGGCGGUGGAGUGGCUGGGGGACGAGCUGGAGAGGAGGCCCUACACAGGGAACCCCCAGUACACCUACAACAACUGGUCUCCCCCCGUCCAGAGCAACGAGACCUCCAACGGGUACUUCCUGGAGCGCUCACAUUCCGCACGCAUGACCCUGGCCAAGGCCUGUGAACUUUGCCCCGAGGAGGUACGGAAGGUGUGUGCGCGUGGGAUGGGUGUUUGCAUGUUUUGUCGGUGUGUGUGUGGUAAUGUAACAGAGCUCUCCUUGGCUGAUUCCAUUGUCUGUAUUUUCUUUCAGGAGCCAGAUGAUCAGGAGGCAACAGAAGAUCACGACUCCUCCCCUCCCGAGGACACAGCGCUGUACCCCCAUAACCCUGCUCCUGCCACGCAGUUUCAGCAGCAGAACAACCACCCCCACACCCAGCCCUAUACGGGUCCGGCUGCCCAGCACAUGAACACGCCCCAGCGGCCCCCACAGAGAGCACAGGAGAGCUGGGAGAGCACCACAGAGGAGGUGGGGCCCGUGGCGCCCCCACCCGCUGUCCAGAUGACAAAAGAGUAACAACAUGACACGAGGGCAACCAACCCCUUUAACCUGCAACUCACCUCCCCAAAUCUCUUUGCACACUAUCACUCAAUACCUUCAAGACACCCAGUUUAUUGAUCGGCUGAUCAAACAGUCGAUUUAAGAUUAGACCCAGGCCGGAGCGCUCUCUUCUCUCCAGGAGGAACAGCGUCCUUUGUCACCCUUGACUCCUGCCCUCUGGAUCGGGCCAAUUAAGCUCUUCAAGUGUCUCUGUGUCUAUCGUAGAAUUGGAAUUCUAUGAUUUCUAGAACUUUGAGUGGGAAGAAUCUCGACCUUGUCUUUCUCUCUGCCCCAUAGAGACACGUCACUGCUGACAGAGAAAAAAAGCAUACUCCUGUCUGCAGGGUUGUGUGUACAGUGUUUUUCAGAAACAGAUGAAAGACAAUGAUGUGUGUGCAGUGUGUGUACAGGAAGUGAAACAGAAUGGUGAUGGGAAGGUGUACAUAGUUUUAAUGUUUUGGAAUCGUUAAAACCUUCCUUCCCUCGACCUCCCUCCCAACCUACAGCAAUGAUGCAGCAAGGCUGUCCUGGAUUGGCCCCUGGUAUGUGACUUCAAAACUGAAAAGGAAGACCAAUGUCAAAUCAAAUGGGGAAAAUAAUAAGCGUUGCUAUUGUUUUCUCUGCUUUGUAGUGCAUGGAGGUGAGGUUUGGCCUGUCACUGGCUGACCGGGUCUUGGUUGAUGCAGUUCCACCACUAUACUAUAGUAGGUUUCAAACGCCCCUCGCAGUGAGGACAUGUUGAAUAUAGAAUUAAAACUGGUAUUCACCCCGUGUGCACCAGUUGACAAUGGCAGGGCGGGUGAAGGCUUGUUUGAUCUCUGCUCACUUGAAGUGAAAAGAACUCUCUGCUUCUUGGUUUUCUUACCUUUUUUCCCUUCCACAUUUUGUCCUACUUGAACACAGCUACGGUCUUACAGAUGUCUGUCCGUUGAGAAUAACAGAAGAAGCAUUCUAAAGCAGGGUCAUGAUCUACAGUAACUGCUGGUAAACAAGCUAACUGACUCGCCCAGCGUUUCUGAUUGUCCUUCUAGGAUUCUAUCUGCAACGAAAGUAGAUGGCUGUGUUUCAGUUGGUAACAUGAAUGUGUGGUUUGUUGUAAUUUCUUUUUUUGUUUUACUGGGAGAAUUGUCUGAAACGAGCAAAAUCCCUGCAAAAAAAGAAGCCCUUGAUAUGAAGAAUCGUAGGCUAUUUUAUUUCAAUUUCCUAGAUGUUGUUUUUGCUGAUUUGAAAGGAAGUAGAAAGUAAUUGAAAAGGAACUUUUUGGUCCAAUUCUUUUUUUUUUUUUUUUUUUUUUAAAUACUUUGUUAAUAAUUGUUUUGAGUUCCAUCUGCCCUGAACCGUUUUUGCUAACAAUAGUUUUGGCCAUGGUGUGAUUUUGAAUUCUGGAGCUACAGUUCACACUUCGAAGUUGUUGUUUUUGUCUGUACAGCAGUGUGCCCACUACCAAGAAUACAUGGAAAAUGCCAUCUUUACAUUGUAGUGGUUUCAUAUUUCAUCUAUGAUACCUUUUAAAUACCCAAUGCACGCAAACAAAAAAUCAUUGGGACAUACAACGUGACAGUGACGAAACAAUAUCUCGUUGAGGGAAUUUGCCAACAAGGGAAAGGGUUGAAACUGCAAUGGAUUAGACAAAAUGUCUGCUUAAACUGUGGCCUUUACAGACAAGCUGUGGAGGAGCAAAGUGAGGAGGGAACGCCCCCCCCCCUCCCCUCCCCCAAACAAAAAGCAUACUGGGGAGAAAAGAAGUGGCAACCCGGAACCUCCUGGGAGGACAAGACUGUGGAUGGUUCUAGAUUAGAACCUAAUGGGGGGGGGUUAAGAAUGCUGUAUGGACUGAUGUCAUCCUUCCAGGCCCUGUCCUAAAGCACUACAGGUCAUGUCUCCUCUCACUUCUUCCAUAAUAUUUUUUAGACAGCAAGGUCUUAGAUUGUUUAUUUUGGCAUCUUCGUUGUGUAAGGUGUUAUUUCAGGAUCAGAACUGCCUUCUUAUUUUGUUUGAAUAAUUAUAUUUUUUGUUGUUGUUGUGAAACAUGCAUGGCUGGUUAUUACCCCCCAAAUCUGCCUUGGAGCACUCUACAAACACACCACACUGUAAAAUUAUACUUUAAGAAAAGGACAAAUAAAUGGUCUUUUGAAUUAU